CCACACCCGCCAGCGCACAGGUUUGGGAAAACUCCGUUAGCAACCUUAACAACUCAGCUAAGUGGAAAAGUAUGGAGUUUUGGAGCUAGUUUAACAGCUAAAGAUGGUCUCAGACUCCGCCGACCAGGCAUUCUGAAACCCAGAUGAGGUGUGUAAUCAGUUGCUGAGGUGAAAAUGACACAAAAUACGAGUAUGACCAAGAGCCUGGUUUGAUUACAUCAGUCUGAGAAUGAGCAAGAAUCAUGCUAGGAUAGAAAUGGACCUGGCUUUUGGAUCAGCUAAGCCUUAUGGAUCCUCUAGAAGUAUUGUUAGAAGAAUAGCUACAACCCUCCCUCUGGCACCCUGCCCUCGUGUCCACUUUCAGCUUAGUUCGUUUUCUAUUGGAGCUGGGCCAGGUAUUCUUAACACUUCCCGGGGACAAGGUGGGCUUGUAGCAUCACUAGCUGAUGUAGGUUGGAUCGACCAAGAGGAAAAUUAUGUGUCUGGCAGUAAUGGGUGGGAGGCGGGCUCAGGGCUGGCGUUUCGCCAUCAGCAGCGGCCAACCCUCCGGCGCCAGCGCUCCUUACCCAGCAUGCAUCGAGCACAACCUGCCCCACAGAGCCAGACAGUGGUCAAUGACGAGGCCAUUCAGAAGAUUAAUGCUCUGGAAAAUGAGCUUGCAAAACUCCGAUCCCAGAUCGCUCAGAUUGUGCAGGCACAGGAGCUAAGUGCACACGCUGGGGCCCCAGCUCCAGGUGGUCCUCCAGCACCCUCAGCACCUCCUCCUCCACCCCCUCCGCCACCACCUCCUCCCCCUCCGCCACCACCUCCUCCCUGCCCCGGCAUGCAGAGGAGCGUUUCUGCAAUCGACUUGAUUAAGGAAAGGCGUAGUAAGAAGUCUGAUCAGACAGUUGUUGACCCGGGACCCAAGCAGCCAGAGAUGCCCAACAUGCUGGAUGUGCUGAAAGACAUGGGGAAAGUGAAGCUUCGUUCCGUUAAGAAUCUCCCUGAAGAAGGCCAGUCUAAACCCAAGCCCAGUGAACCUGUAGACCCUGCUGCUCUCAUCGCUGAGGCAUUGAAGCGCAAGUUUGCACACCGUUACCGUAACGACAGCGAGUGCGAGAGCAAUUUCAGCCUCCCUGCUCGAGAGUCAAAACCCCACUCAGAUGCUCCUGUGUUUGGACAGCACAUGUUAAAAUCAACUGGAAAGAAAAAACUCGUCUAGGUGGUGGACAGGUUAGCUGCUAUACAGUGUGGUGAUGUCACUCACAGAUAUGCCUUAUCCUCUGAACUGAAUGCUAAAGCAGUGUCUUGUGUGUAAAUACGAACCGGCACAUAGCUAGCAAAACACUAAGUGGUCAGUCUGUUUUUUUUUUUUUUCUUCGUUUCUUUGCUGCAUAAAACACCAGCAGCAUAGCAUAUCUAUGUAAUCUGUGGGUAUUAUACUGUCAAAGUAGGCUAUGUAUCAGUGUACUAGUUCUUUGUAGUACUUUUUCUUAUUUAUGCCAAGUCUUUCCAAAGUUUUGACCAAGAGUGUUUGAUGUACUUUUAUGUACAUUUGUAUGUACUUUUGUGAUUUUAUUUGUGUUUUAUGUUUUAUCUGUUCAGUCACAGUUCAGAUUAAGGUUAAGGGAAAGUAAUGACAGAACACCUACCAAAGUGUGUGGAUUGUGCUGAUGAACACCCUUGGUGUAUAUAUAAAAAUGGAACUAUGAAACUAACACUAUGGAACAUGUUGCCUCUUGAUUUAGUUAUGUGGCAGAGAAUGAGCACUUUCUACAAUUUUGUUUGCUACAGUUCAGAGCUGUUUGUAAGCUUAGUCUUAAUUUAUGUUGGGAUUUUAUUUAUAUUUUAGUUAUUAAUAAUUUAGUCUUUUAUUAAGUUGUCACUUGAAUUAUGUAGUAGCUGCUUGUUUCAAGUUGGGAAAAUUGUUCCUUUUAAAUGCUUUAAAUUAGGAUAAUUAUUUUGUACUGUGUUAUUUACACUAACAAUAACAUCUAGCAUCACAAGUUAAUGAGAUUUGUAUGUUCUUUUAUUUUUUGUUUUGCCUUGUUUUCUCAGUAUAGCAGAUGUGCACGUCUUGUAGAGGUUUAGGUUGAUUAUGUAAUUACAACAUGCUAUUGGUAUGCUAUAAAUCAUUCAUUGUCUCAGACAGUUCCUUUGUGGCUGAAUGCUGAAGACCCCAGUGUGUUAUAGUAAACAAGAUGGGUAAAAUUAUUAAUGCCAUCUUUGCAUUAAAAACUAAAAUAUAAAUCCCUAGAUAAUAUAUAGAGCAAUAAGUUCAUGUGCACACAUCAGAAAAAAUGCUCCAAUUCUGUUUUCUUGCCAAAUCCAAUAUAUAUUUUUUUAAAUCAUUUAUUUAAAUAUAUAAUAUUAAUAUAAUAUAAUAUUAUAAUAAUAAUAUUACAUUGGCAAAUAUAAUAAUAUUUGCCAAUGUGUCUUAGCAGUUCAUGCUCCUAUACUGAUGUGCAUAAAAUUAAAAAAAGGGCAAGACAGGACAACCAUAUUCCCACACAGAUGAAAUGUUGUCUCUGCCUUUAACUCAUUUAUGCAGUGAACAAACACACAUGCACACUAGUGAACAUGCACCCAGGGAGCACUGAGGGAGCAGGGCCCAACAGUGGCAGUUUGCCAAAUCCAGGCAUCAGACCCACAACUUCAUCUUCUGUGGCACUGUGCUCUAAGUGUUGAGUCACUACUGCUCCAGUUUGUCGUUUGUGUAAAGUUUUGAUUUUUAUCUUUAUUAGCAUUACUGGAGUAAUCAGGGAGUUCCAGAAGCACAACUUGCUAUUUAAAAGGCACAUAGUUCUACCCAGAAAUUUUGUUUGUGUCUUUACUUUCUUUAAACUUUUUUUUUAUAUAUAUUUUCUUUUGAUGCUGCAGCAAUGUCCUGUGACCCCGAUCAGGCAUUAUACUGGGCAUACAUUAUGGAAGUAGAGAAACAGUGCAUUUUACUCAAGCCCUUCUAUUUUUUGUUGAAAAUAAAUACCCUAAGUAUUUGGGAAAGUUUUCCCCUUCAGACAAAUUAAAUACAUUUUAGAAUAAAGGCCCAAAUCAGAAUGAAAAAUAUCAGGUUCGGUUUGUUGUGAUAUUUACACUACCACACAUGAUGUCACAAUAUGAUUGGAUUUGUUUUUCAUUGACUCCAAUCAGGUGGGUCUCGUCAAGCCCCAGGUACUAAACUUUCUCUGGUCCUGUGGUGAUUUUAUUGCCCCUGGAUGCAAGACUGUGACACAGAAUGUGUCUUCAGUUAUUAGGUUAUUUUCAGACUACAGGCUAUUCGGAUUUGUUGCUGAAAUCAGACCUGUUGCAAUGACUGUCCACACUUGUUUGCAAGUGAUCAGAUCAGACUUGCAUGUCCAGACCACAACUUUUGAUGCUCGUUUUGGAUGCCCGAACUUCCACCUGUCUGGAUUUGGUGUACUUGUGUUUGUCCUGUUGUGACGGACUCAAAAGACACAUUUAAAGUUCGAUUUAAGAAGCCAAACAGGAUGCAUCUGUAGAAAUCACAUUAUAGUCGAUAGUAGAUUUCAAAUCACCUUUAAAGGUUUUGCAAAUAUUACAUUUUAUCUGGUUUCUGGCUGUCCAAACAUUUUUUUUAAAUCAAUCUGUAUAAAAUCCAAAUAUACCAAAAAUUCGAUUCUGUAGCACCAUAGCCUGGUAGUUGAGCAUGUGUGCAUGCAGUAAAUGUGCAGUGUGCUAUGUCUCUAAAAAGGAGAGUUUUAAAGUGUAUGUGAAUGAAUUUCCAUGGGGACAUUAAGGAGUUUGGCUGUUUGCUGCAGUCAUCGUGAAGAAGGCCAGUCCUGAAACAAGCCCAGUAAAGCUGCACAGCCUGCUGCUCUCAUCACUGAAGCAUUAAAGAGCAAGUUUGCACCACCUCAGUCCUCACCGAUGUGUAUUUAAUACUCCCUGUGUUUGUUUGCUUGUCUGUUAUGCUUUCAUGCACUCACAUGUGGACUGCUGUUUGUCUUGUUACUGUUGCUUAUGCCUGUAUGUGUUCCCUUUCUUUUGAUUGUUUUUUUUUCAGUUUUUACAUCCCUCUUCUUCCACUUUAUAAAAACAAUUUGAGAUAAAUAAUUACGCUGUAGUACAUUGUAAUAUAAUUAUGCAAUUGGUACUUUCAGAACUGUUAUUGUAAAACUGCAAAAUGAUCCGGUACUUAAGAGUGUGUUUGAUGCCUUAGUAAUUCAUUAGACUAACCUGAGGAACAAAGAGGAGAAUUAAGGGUAACAAGUUGUUUUGGUUAAAUGCAUGUUUAAUGUAUGAAACUACAUGGACAUAUAUAUUUCUUGUUAGUCAAUGCUGUCAAACUGGAAGAUUUUUAGAUUUUUGUUUGUUUUUUUUGUAAAUAAAUUUGAUAAAUGUU